AUGACUAUUACGACGACAUUUCAUUCUAUCUUUAGAGCUCAAUACAUUAGACAAUUGAUAUUCGAUCAUGUAGGUGAUAUAUCAAAUCUAUUGUACCCAAAAGAAUAUAAAAGUAGUAUAUAUGAAAGUGAUGAUGAUGACGAUGAAAGUGGUAGAUAUGAUGGUAGCCAACGAUCAUUAAAAGGAAGAAAUAUCAUCAGGUUACCUCUUUUUGGAAUGAUAUCAAAGUUUGCGAUGCCUUGGGGGUUUGUUUGUCAUUAUCUACCUAAAGAUGACGACGAUCAGAAAUUACUACCCAAAAGAAGAAAAAGAUUAGUCACUCAAUAUUGUCAUCAUCCCAAUGCAACAUUGGAUACACUCGAGCGUCUAUUGAAAUGGUCUAGAGAUGACAUUGAUUGGGUGUACUUGAAAGGAAAUAAAAAGAGUAUAACCAAUCAAGAGAUAUUGGAAUAUCUAAUCAAGAGAUGUCAAGUUGAUAGAGACAAGGAUGACAUUUUCAUUAUUGGUGCAAUAAAGGUAGCAUGUCAAUACGGGUAUCUUUCAUCAGUCAAGUUGAUGCAAAGUGCUGUAAAGAGCAAUCCCAAAGCAAUUGUUUUUGCCUCUAGUAACGGAUUCAUUGACAUUGUAAAGUAUUUACACGAGAAUGGAGCUGAAGGUGGAGAUUACAUUAUAAAGGCAAUGGAUGAAGCAGCAAGACAUGGUCAUUUGGAGAUUGUAAAGUUUCUUCAUUUUAAUAGAACUGAAGGUUGUUCAACAAAAGCUUUGGAUGGUGCAGCAAAGAAUGGUCAUUUAGAGAUUGUUCAAUUCUUAGAUGAACAUCGCCAUGAAGGAUGUACUCAAGCUGCAGUGUAUAUGGCAUCUGGAAAAGGACACUUGGAUGUAGUAAAGUACCUUUGUAAGCAUCGUGGUGAGCGUGUAUCAAAGAGAGCUAUGAAUGAUGCAGCUGGAAACGGGCACAUUGAUGUAGUGAGGUAUCUGCAUAAGCACAGAACUGAAGGUGCAACAACCAAUGCUAUGAAUCAAGCAGCUGGAAAUGGUCAUAUUGAAAUUGUAAAGUUCCUUUCAGAGUGUCGUAGUGAAGGAGCAACAACCGAUGCUAUGGAUUCGGCAGCUGAACGUGGCCACAUUGACAUUGUAAAGUACCUUCAUUUCAAUCGUAGUGAAGGUGCAACAACCGAUGCUAUGGAUUGGGCUGCUAAUAAUGGAUUCAUUGACAUUGUAAAGUUUCUACAUUUCAAUAGAACCGAAGGUGCAACUGCCGAUGCUAUGGAUUGGGCAGCCUCAAAUAACGACAUUGAAAUGAUAAAGUUCCUUCAUGAGCAUCGCGAUGAAGGUGCAACAACCAAUGCUAUGGAUGAGGCAGCUAGUGAGGGCCACAUUGAAGUGGUAAAGUAUCUUCAUGAGCAUCGUAGUGAAGGUGCAACAACCAAUGCUAUCGAUGAGGCUGCUCAAAAUGGUCACAUUGAAAUUCUACGAUUCCUUUCCGAGCAUCGUACUGAAUAUGGAACAACAGAUGCUAUGGGUUAUGCAACUCGAAAUGGUCACUUUGAAAUUGUUAAAUAUUUACAUUUUAAUGGCUGUAAAGGAUGGACUACUAUUUAUAAAACUUGUAGGAAAAGCCCUAUUCAGUAUGCCUGUGAAGGAGGAUAUCUGGAAAUAGUAUCAUUUCUACUCAAUGUCAGAAAGGAGAAAUGUGAUGAAAAACUACUACAAACUGCAUCAACCAAAGGACACUAUGAUAUUGUCAAGUUGAUACUCCCACAAUUUGUUGGUACCACUGGAAUAGAAUCAAUUAAAAGUGUCAUAAAUCAAAUGAAAGAAAUACAAGACCAUUUUGAAAUCACUCAACUACUCGAGAAUCAUUUAAAACAAAUAACAAACUUCAAAAAGAUAAAUUAA